CCCAGGCGAUGUGACGCUCAUUCCGUGUGCUACGGCUGUAGCCGAGAGGAUUCCAGUGUCGCGUUUUUCCUGCGUCUGGCGGAAAGGCGAGCGGAUGGAAAGCACGACUGGCGGCGCUUCACGGGUCCGAUCUGCUGAGUGAACAUCUGUCCGUGUCUCUGCAGACGGAACUUGUUCUUUAGGCCCAAUGGAGCUGGGAACUCAACGAGAGCCGCACGGAGAAGAUCCUGAUCUACGCCCGUCCUUCAGCUGGGAGUCCUGAAAAGCGGGUGUCAUUCUCAAGCCUUCCCUUCCUCUUUCUUUAAUUUUUACCCCACCCUGUCUGGUACAGGCCCACCCUGCCUCCUCUGGCUCGAAAAUGAUUGGCAAACUGAAGCAAAACUUGCUGGUGGCCUGCUUGGUCAUCAGCUCUGUGACAGUGUUUUACCUGGGUAGGCAUGCAAUGGAGUGCCACCAGCGCGAGGAGCGAAGCCAGCCACUGCUGGGCAGCCUGCAUGCUACACUGCGCACUGGACAGAACAUCAGUGCCCCCUUCGUUUACAACAAGGACAUGCCGCUCAUCUUCAUUGGAGGCGUUCCUCGCAGCGGCACUACACUCAUGAGGGCCAUGCUGGACGCACAUCCGGAUGUUCGAUGCGGUGAAGAGACACGCGUCAUCCCUCGCAUCCUGGCCAUGAAGCAGAUGUGGAGCCGCUCAGGACGUGAAAAAAUGCGCCUGGACGAGGCUGGCGUCACAGACGAGGUGCUAGAUUCAGCCAUGCAGGCUUUCUUGCUGGAGAUCAUUGUGAAGCAUGGUGAGCCAGCUACUUACCUUUGCAACAAGGACCCGUUUGCCUUGAAGUCCCUUUCAUAUUUGGCAAAGAUCUUCCCACGCGCCAAAUUUAUCCUUAUGAUUCGUGACGGCAGAGCCUCCGUCCACUCCAUGAUCUCCCGCAAAGUGACUAUCGCUGGCUUUGACUUAAAUAGCUACCGGGACUGCCUCACAAAGUGGAACCGGGCCAUAGAGACCAUGUACACUCAGUGUUUAGAGGCGGCCGACAAGUGCCUGCCUGUGCACUAUGAGCAGCUCGUCUUGCAUCCAGAGAAAUGGAUGCGGACGCUGCUGAAAUUCCUAAACAUUCCCUGGAAUGAAGCUGUUCUGCAUCACGAGGAGCUCAUUGGGAAAGCAGGAGGUGUAUCGCUCUCCAAGGUGGAGCGCUCAACAGACCAGGUUAUAAAACCGGUCAACGUGGAGGCAUUGUCCAAGUGGGUAGGGAAAAUCCCAGUGGACGUGCUGAGGGACAUGCCUGUGAUUGCACCAAUGCUUGCCAGACUAGGCUACGACCCCCAUGCUAAUCCACCCAACUAUGGUCGGCCUGACGCACGUGUCCUGGACAACACUAGAAGGGUAUUUAAAGGUGAAUUUCUGCUACCUGACUUUCUUAAAGAACAAUCACAGCUCCAAAAGUCUUCAGAGAAGCCAAACUCGAGUUAGGAUGCAGAGGGAAUAGAAGGAGUCACGACACCCGUAGAUGACAAAAGCAGGAAAAGAUGCAGCAGGACAAUGGUGUGCUCACGUAACCCUUACUGGAACCUCUGUGCGCUCUUAUUCACACAUCCCCACAGACUCUUAUCACCUGGAUACAAACUUACUCACACACCUUCUUUGGCUCAUGGGCCUGGACCACUAUAUGGAGAACUUUUGGCCUUUGAUGUUGUAUUGUAACAAUUGUGGCCUACGAAUGUCAUUGCUAUGUUGGAUUUCUGUCCAUUUUUUUUGUUUUAUUUCUGGGGUGGUUGUGGGGGAGGGGGGGGGGUGUUAUUAAUUUUUUUGUCACAUGAUAAUCAUCUGACUAUUUUAAUUUUUGUUCCUGGCUACAUAAAUCUGUGAUUCUGUUAUAAGAAAAUACAGUGGCUAGCGAAGGAAGUAUUUAUGGAAGAACCUUAGCUUUUGAAGAUGCAAUAUCUAUUUUGAUGUUCGGUUUUAUUUUUCAUGCCUUUGUAUCGUGCAAUUCCUUGGGUACACGUGUACACGAUCGCAGUUCGGAGGUGUUUUGGUCGGUGGUAAAUACAAAAUUGCGUUUUGUACCAUCAUUCACAAGUUUGAUCUUUUGUAAACAGAGAAAUGUAAUAAAUGAAUUGUCAGUGUUGAAGGCAA